UUUAUGACCUGUAUUGCAGCCAGCCACCAGGGGGCGAUCAAAAGCCCACCCGUUCUACACCGCUGGUUCCAUUCUCGUCAAAACCGUCUGUUGACUUCCUGGUUCUCUGAAACCCCUCCCUCAGAAAUACGCAAUGGGUUCUGAUUGGUUAGUUGUGAUUCGCUAACCGUCUAGUGCACGCUGUCCAGAAACGUCAAGCCCCUUUACCAUUAAUGGCGUCAAUAUUGCCUUAUCAAUUUGAGCCUGAAUCAGACCCAGAGAAUAUUAGUGAAGAGGAUCGAGCAGAACUCUUACAGGACGUUUCAGAAUGAUGUCACACAACAGCGAUGGAUGCUUGAAUCAGAUGAAUAACAGUGGAAACACUGUUGAUCCAUUAUCAAGAGGAGAAUCCAAAAACCGGCACUCACAGAUUGAUUCUGCAGGGGCCACCAGCCAGCACAGAUCUAAUGAGAAUGGAAUGGAAGGGAAGGGGGACGAGAAAGAACGCCUGCAUCUGUUGCCAAAAAGAUACUUAAGUACAGUAACUUGUUACAUUUACUCAAAUACUUUACGCCACUGGAUACACAGAUUGAUUUGUGUAAUUGCUCUACAGCGCUUACACAAAAUGGACAAUAAUCUCCAUUUGCUGAUCCCAAAGAUGGCCAGACUAGCUCUUGAUUUACCUGAACUCAUUCAAAAGCCCAUCCCUCUCCUGCGACAGCAACAGAACCUGGCCAUAACAAUGUCUCAGCAGCAGAUUUCUUGUCUGUUAGCAAACGCCUUCUUCUGCACCUUCCCUCACAGGAACAACACUAAACCUGGUUCAGAAUAUGCCAACUACCCCACCAUCAACUUCAGCAGUUUUGUUUUUUUUGGUAUAGCCUAUUUGCUAACAAGACCUGCCUUAAAGGCAGAGAAACUGAGGGCCAUAUUCCAUUACUUCAACACAGUGACAAAUAAUGAAGAUCCAGCAAAACCAGAUGGACUGGUUACUUUUGAAAGGAUUAGCAUUCCAACAUCACAGCUCCCUAAAUGGAAAUUGUUUUCAGAAGUUCCCCUGAGGAACCUUCACAUCUCUCCAGAAGGAUCCAUUGAGCAUGAGGGUACAGGGAUGCUGCAGGUGGAGUUUGCCAGCAAUUAUAUUGGUGGUGGGGUGCUGGGAUCGGGACUGGUUCAGGAGGAGAUCCUCUUCUUCAUGAGUCCAGAGCUCAUCGUGGCCAGACUCUUCACUGAGAAACUGGCUGAUAACGAGUGCCUCAAGAUCACAGGUCCUCAGAUGUACAGCUUUACUUCUGGCUACAGCAAAACCUUUUCUUGGGUGGGUCCAUACAAUGAUUGCAUGAAGCGGGAUAACUGGAAGAGACGUUAUCGGCAGAUUGUUGCCAUCGAUGCUCUCGACUUCAAGAACCCGAAGGACCAGUACACUAAAGAGAACAUAAAACGAGAACUCAACAAGGCGUUUGUGGGAUUCCAUGGAGACGUGAAAACGGCCAUCGCAACGGGCAACUGGGGCUGCGGUGCCUUCAACGGAGAUCCUAAACUCAAAGCUCUCAUCCAGUUGAUGGCUGCCGCCGUGGCUGGACGAGACAUGGCUUACUUCACCGCUGGCAAUAAAGAACUUGCAAAAGAAAUACAAAGAAUGCAUGAGAUACUGACCAUCAACAAAGUGACCGUGGGUAAGUACAUUCAUUGAAGUCAAAACACACAGAACCA